AGGAAACAAAGAGAGGAAAUAAUCGACUGAAAGCCAUGGCAGCUGAUCUCGAUGUAAUGAACCUGUUCAUCAUCGCUGGGGGGACGCUGGCUAUUCCCAUUCUUGCUUUCCUGGCUUCUUUCCUUCUUUGGCCCUCUGCACUCAUUAAAGUUUAUUACUGGUACUGGAGGAGGACUCUGGGCCUGCAGGUGCGCUUCGCAGACUGUGGCGGGUAUCGCUUCUGUUACUCCUGCAGAGGAAAGCCGGGGAUGAGACCUUCUAUCCUGAUGCUGCACGGCUUCUCUGCUCACAAAGACACGUGGCUCACUGUCGUCAAGUAUCUACCAAAACAUCUGCACAUCGUGUGUGUGGACAUGCCGGGCCAUGAGGGGACGACCCGCACCAACAUGGAGGAUUACUCCAUUGAUGGUCAGGUCCAAAGGAUCCGUCAGUUUGUGCAAACAAUUCGCUUGAAUCGGAAACCGUUCCACCUGGUGGGAACCGCAAUGGGGGGAAAUGUAGCUGGAGUUUACGCAGCCUGCUUUCCCUCAGAGGUCUGCAGCAUGACCCUCAUCUGCCCCGACGGUAUACGACAUCCAUGUGAGACCAAAUUUGACAAUCAUCUGCAGGACCUGGAGCACAGCAAUUACACCCUCAGCAUCCCGCUGAUCCCCACCACACCGGAGGAGAUGGAGGACAUGUUCAGGCUGUGUUCCCAUGUUCGCUACAAAAUUCCUUAUCAGAUUCUCCAAGGACUGGUCGAUGUCCGACAGCCCCACAACACAUUUUACCAAGAGGUAUUUCUGGAGAUCAUUGGUGAGAAAUCAAGAUAUGCAUUACAGGAGCACCUGCAGCAAAUAAAAGCACCUUUACAAGUGAUAUGGGGCAAACAAGACCAGGUGGUGGAUGUGUCUGGAGCAGCGGUGAUUUCAGAGAUGUUGCCUGGAUGCAGAGUAGAUCUGCUGGAGAACUGUGGACACUCUGUUGUGAUGGAGAAACCUUGUCGGACCGCCAAACUCAUCCUGGACUUCAUCAUCCUGCAGCAAAAUGCCAGGAGUGGCACAAAGAAAUCCUGCUGAGCUGAAGACUGCUGCUUUUUAUGCUUCAUAUGUUCCACAGACGUGAUGCACAUGCAGACCCCACAAAUGUACAUUGAGGCAAUAAGC